ACCCCACAAAAAUAAUUUCAGGGUUGCUCUCAGUUUAUGACCUACUUUCCUGGGAUACUGGAGAAGGCGUUUUCUUGGCUUCUCUUGUUCUUCAAAGCUUUGGAAAUGUAUGCUGAAACUGAGCAUUUGCUUCCUUAUUUCCAGAAUUUCUCUGAUGAAUUUCAACUAGCAAAGGAUUUCUGCAAGACCCACAAGCUUGAUUCUCCAUUGAGCAACAUGGUUCAAACAUCGACAGUAUGUGAAUACAACAUGGGUGGUGAAGGGGACCUAUUCAAAGCUCCAGAGCCAAUUAUUGAGGAAUCAUUUUCGGGUCUCGAUCCUAUGAUGGCUGCAAUUUCUAUGAUGUCGUGUGGCAACACGAAUAUCUCGUUGGAGGGACUUGAAGAUGCUGAUUUUGAAUCACUUCAAAGUGAUCAGCUCUUGAGUGAGGUUUACUAUGAAUGUGAGAAGGAUCUUUUAGAGAAAGCAGCUAUACAAACACCAAUAUCUGAAGUUCUCGAUCUUAAGGAUCAGAUUUCAAAGACGGACGAACACCGAAUUCCAGAAAACCGACCAGUUCUUGAUGCAACACUUCAGAAGAGUGUUAGCUCUGGAUGCUUAAGAUCAAUGGAUUGGAUGCAAGGCCCCGCAAUGAAGUCAAGUCUUUUAGAUUUUAGUGGAAUGGAUAUCAAUGAGGUCUAUGGGAUGCGACGGGCGUUUAGCGAAAACGAUAUCAAGACUCUUAACAAUGGCAAUAGGAGUCAGUUCCAUUCUCCUCUCGAACGGCCAUUGUUAGUCAGCAAUUGCACGGCCGAAGAACGCAAAGAAAAACUCUCAAGAUAUCGAAAUAAAAAGACAAAAAGGAACUUUGGGAGAAAGAUCAAGUAUGCUUGCAGAAAGGCUCUGGCUGACAGUCAACCAAGAAUCAGAGGAAGGUUUGCGAAGACUGAAGAAUGUUAGAUGAGGAACAUCAUCAGGAAAAGCAUGAAUCUGCAAUUAGAAGGAUAGUUGAUUUGUAAAUAUUGUUUGCAUAAUAAAAACAAGGAGGAGAAGGAGAAGAAGCAUGAAGGAAGUGUUUGUUGAUAGUAGUAGUCUUCUAAAGCUCUGCACUGUUGAUGUAUUAUUAUGAGUCUGUAUUGUUGUAAUUCAAGUGUUCUCUAAUCAUCCUUCUAAGAACUUUUCUUUUCAA